CGGGGCCAUGACCGUGGAGCAGAACGUGCUGCAGCAGAGCGCGGCGCAGAAGCACCAGCAGACGCUUCUGAAUCAGCUGAGAGAGAUCACUGGCAUUAAUGACGCCCAGAUACUGCAGCAAGCCUUGAAGGACAGCAACGGGAACCUGGAGCUGGCCGUGGCCUUCCUGACCGCCAACAACGCCAAGGCCCCUGCGCAGGAAGAGGCCGCCUACUACCACACGGCGCUGCCCGGCAACGACCGGUACAUCAGCGUGGGGAGCCAGGCCGACGCAAAUGUGAUUGAUCUCACUGGAGAUGAUAAAGAUGAUCUUCAGAGAGCAAUCGCCUUGAGUCUGGCCGAGUCAAGCAGGGCGUUCAGGGAGACCGGAGUAACUGAUGAGGAGCAAGCCAUUAGCAGAGUUCUCGAAGCCAGCAUAGCGGAGAACAAGGCGUGCUUGAAGAGGGCGCCCACGGAGGUGUGGAGGGACUCUCGGAACCCCUACGACAGGAAAAGGCAGGACCGAGCCCCCGUGGGCUUGAAGAACGUGGGCAACACCUGCUGGUUCAGCGCUGUGAUCCAGUCAUUAUUCAAUCUUUUGGAGUUUAGAAGAUUGGUUCUGAAUUACAAGCCUCCGUCCAACGCGCAAGACUUACCUCGAAAUCAAAAGGUAGAAGAGCAUCGGAACUUGCCGUUCAUGCGUGAACUCAGAUAUCUCUUUGCUCUUCUUGUCGGUACUAAGAGGAAGUAUGUGGAUCCCUCGAGAGCGGUGGAAAUUCUUAAGGAUGCUUUUAAAUCCAAUGACUCCCAGCAGCAAGAUGUGAGUGAGUUCACACACAAACUCUUAGAUUGGCUAGAAGACGCUUUCCAGAUGAAAGCGGAAGAGGAGACGGAUGAAGAGAAGCCAAAGAACCCCAUGGUGGAGUUGUUCUAUGGACGCUUCUUAGCCGUGGGAGUACUUGAAGGGAAGAAGUUCGAGAAUACCGAGAUGUUCGGUCAGUACCCGCUUCAGGUCAAUGGGUUCAGAGAUCUGCAUGAGUGCCUGGAAGCUGCUAUGAUCGAGGGGGAAAUCGAGUCUCUGCAUGCGGAGGGCUCCGGAAGGUCCGGCCAGGAGCAUUGGUUUACCGAACUACCGCCCGUGUUAACAUUUGAAUUGUCACGGUUUGAAUUCAAUCAGGCAUUGGGAAGACCAGAAAAAAUUCACAACAAAUUAGAAUUUCCUCAAGUUUUAUAUCUGGACAGAUACAUGCACAGAAAUAGAGAAAUAACAAGAAUUAAGAGGGAAGAAAUCAAGAGACUGAAAGAUUGCCUUACAGUAUUACAACAAAAACUAGAAAGAUACUUAAGCUACGGCUCGGGGCCCAAGCGGUUCCCACUGGCCGACAUCCUGCAGUACACCAUGGAGUUCGCGUCCAGCAAGCCUGUCUGCGGCUCUCCGGUCGAUGGCCUGGAUGCCACGCCCCCUCCCUGCGGCUCCGCCCCGCCCCAGGCCGCGCCAAGCACAGCCGAGCAGCAGGCGGCUCCGUCCUCAGAGCUGCCGAGGACCCCGCCCGUCCCUGCAGGCGCCGUGCCUUCCAGGUCGGUGAUUCACAAACCAUUCACCCAGUCCCGGGUACCCCCGGACCUGCCCAUGCACCCCGCACCCAGGCACAUCACGGAGGAGGAGCUGUCGGUGCUGGAGAGCUGUCUGCACCGCUGGAGGACAGAGAUAGAGAAUGACACCAGAGAUUUGCAAGAAAGAAUAUCCAAAAUCCAUCGAAAAGUUGAACGAAUGUACUCGGACAAAUCUAUGAUCCAAGUCCCGUACCGCCUGCACGCCGUUCUGGUGCACGAGGGCCAGGCCAGCGCCGGGCACUACUGGGCCUACAUCUUCGACCAUCACGAGCACCGGUGGAUGAAGUACAACGACAUCGCCGUGACGAAGUCGUCGUGGGAGGAGCUCGUGAGGGACUCCUUCGGGGGUUACAGAAACGCCAGCGCCUACUGCUUAAUGUACAUAAACGACAAGGCACAGUUCUUGAUACAAGAGGAGUUUCACAAGGAGACCGGGCAGGCCCUGGCGGGCAUGGAGACGCUGCCCCCGGACCUGCGGGCCUUCGUGGAGGAGGACAACCGGCGCUUCCAGGACGAGCUGGAGGAAUGGGACGCGCAGGCCCAGGCAGCGCCGCAGGGGGCGCCGGCCGCCCAGGCCCGGAGGGAGGCUGCGGCCGCCGCAGCGCAAGCAGGAGAAGCAGAAUAUCUGGAGCAGCCGUCAAGAAAUGAUUUCUCAAAGCACUUGAAGGAAGAGACUGCUCGGACGAUCGCCAAGGCCUCGCAUGAGCACGAAGACGACAGCCCCGAGGCCGUUCUGCAGUCGACGCCUGAAAGCAGCCCCGGCCGGCCACCUUCUACCCAGCAAGCCGUAGAGGUGGCAGCUCCUCGGGUAGGGAGACUUGUGACUGAGUCCAAGCAGGGGGGUUAUGAUGACGAGAUCAUGAUGACCCCGAGCAUGCAAGGUAUCAUCAUGGCCAUAGGUAAAUCCAGGAGUGUGUACGACAAGUGUGGCCCUGAAGCAGGGUUCUUUAAGGCGAUUAAGUUGGAGUACUCCAGGCUGGUUAAGUUGGCCCAAGAAGACACCCCACCGGAAACCGACUACCGUUUACAUCAUGCAGUGGUUUACUUUAUCCAGAAUCAGGCGCCGAAGAAAAUCAUUGAGAAGACAUUGCUGGAGCAGUUUGGAGAUAGAAAUUUAAGUUUUGAUGAAAGGUGUCACAACAUCAUGAAAGUGGCCCGAGCCAAACUGGAGAUGAUCAAGCCCGAGGAAGUGAACCUGGAGGAAUAUGAGGAGUGGCAUCAGGAUUACAGGAAGUUCAGAGAAACAACCACAUACCUCAUCAUUGGGCUGGAAAAUUUCCAAAGAGAAAGUUAUAUAGAUUCCUUGCUCUUCCUCAUCUGUGCUUAUCAGAAUAACAAAGAACUCCUGUGCAAAGGGCCGUACAGAGGACACGAUCAGGAGUUGAUAUCACAUUACAGAAGAGAAUGUUUACUGAAGCUGAACGAGCAGGCGGCAGAUCUGUUCGAGUCCGGAGAAGACCGGGACGUGAGCCACGGCCUGGUCGUGAUGAACGAGUUCGUCGUCCCGUUCCUGCCCUUGCUGCUGGCGGACGACAUGGAGGAGAAGGACGUGCUGGCCGUGGAGGACGUGAGGAACCGGUGGUGUUCCUACCUGGGACAGGAAAUGGAACCGAACCUCCAAGAGAAGCUGACGGACUUCCUGCCGAAGCUGCUUGAUUGCUCCACGGAGGUCAAGGGCUUCCAGGAGCCGCCGAAGCUGCCGUCCUGCCCCACGCACGAGCUGUGUGAGCGCUUCGCCCGGGCCAUGCUGUCCCUCAGCCGCACCCCCGCCGACGGCAGAUAGACCGCCCUCCGCCCGCACUGUCCGAACCGCGUCCGGCCCCCACCCUCGCCUCCCUGCCGCCGGGUUCGCUUGUUGCUGCUAUCGUUUUUAACUUUCUCUGUUUCUUUUCUUUUCAACGACUGCAAGACACAAAGUAACUGUACAGACUCCCGCUGGACCGCCGACGUCGAAGCUGAGAAUCGCAUGACGCUCAGCCUUCGAUUGAGCCAGCGCGCGUGUCGUGACGCCCCCGAUCGAACUGACCAGGGCAGGACUGCGUUCUGCCGCCCGGGCUGCAGUGUUACUGCUUUUACCCGUGUCUACAGCUUCCCGUCCAGCCCGGGCCUCCCCCGGCUGCCGGCACUGUGUACGAUACUUCGCAUUUGGUAGCUUGUAAAUGGAAUUAAAGAAUAAAGUUUUAUUUAUGGCUACCUAUGUGUUUGUAAGCAGGUAUAUUGUAUAUUAGUGUAUCAUUUCCGCUGUAAUAUAUAAAUGCAUUUGGGGGAUUAAGAUUGGGGUGAUGGAAAGAUGAAUGCAGACUUUUUAAGUUUGCUCUAAUGUUGGCCUAUUGGAAGUUUACUGCGUAUUUGACACUUAAAUAUAUAUAUAUAUAUUUUUCACAAAGUUGUUAAACUUUAAUAUGGCACCUAAGCCUGUUUCGAAGUCAAAUCAGGUUUUCCUGGAGGAGAGUGGCUUAGUCAACCACACUGAAACUUUUAAACGUUUCUUAGAUUAACCUUUUAUUUUUGUAUGUAUGUACAAAUAAUGUAGCAAGGUGAUUCUCUCAAAAGAUACCAGAAAAAAAUACUUGAAUAAGGGCUAUUUAAUAGUGAAUCUUAUAAGAAAUAUGUAUAUAUGUGUGUAUAUAUGUAUAUACACACACACACACAAUACACACACGUACACAUACACAUUCUUCAUAAUGGAGGACAGUGUUUUGCAUUAUAUAAUCAUUCUAUUUUUGUAAGUUGUAUGUCACUGGAGUUGGAAAUGCUCUCUGCUAACCAGUGCUGUGAAGUUGCUUCUGUUGAGCUCGAGUUUAUGGGUAUCUCACCUGCUUUAACUUACCUCCUCUUCAAAAGGAAGAAGCUGUAGAACAUUUUAUAGAUGGAACUUCUGUUUAAGAUUAAUGAGGUAAUAUUGUGAAUAAAAGCAGUGCUUUAAAGGUAAUCCUGUUACCAACAACCUA